AGACUCGUAUUUGGAAAUCGUCGUGGAACUUUUAGCUUUGUGUACGGUUUCUAUGGUGAAAUUCUGCUAAUGAAAACACCGGUGUUGGUUUCACUUGUCAUCCAAUUUCAGGUUGGAACACCUAUGGACCAAGCGAGACUUCACAACAUUUGUUUGUGGUAUGCAGAUAGUUUCUCUGAUGUUUGGGGUGAGAAGUUGAAACAAGAUGCUUGCUGGAUGAUUUCCUGAUGCCUGGGGCCCUUCGCCCAGUAGCAGUUGUCUGCUACAUCUGCGGGAGGGAGUUCGGAUCCAAAUCCAUUGGAAUACAUGAGCCACAAUGCAUGAAAAAAUGGAAAGCAGAAAAUAGCAAGCUUCCUAAGCACCAGCGUAGGCCACUUCCUAGGAAGCCAGAAGUAUUCCCUUCAAUUGGUGGGACAUCAUCCCAGGAUAUAGAGCGGUUUAACCAAGCUGCAUUGAAGUCAUCACAAGCUCAGUUGCUACCAUGUCCAAACUGUGGGCGUACAUUCCUGCCAGACAGGUUACCAGUCCAUCAGAAGAGUUGUAAGGGUGGCAAUGCAAUAGACAGGAAGAAAUUGGAAAGUGUUGGCAGUGUAUCUAGAUCAUGGUCGGGGCCAGAGACCCAGACACCUAGACCACCCUCUACACAGGAGAGACCUGGAACAGCUACCCUUUCCCGUCCUAGUUCUGUUACCCUUCAACAGAGGAAACACAUAACCAUCAAACCCGUGAAAACCCCAGUUGAAAGGCAACAGGGCAACACCAAGGGGGGAGUCCGUUUCCAGCCAACACCACCGCCCCAACCUAAAUCUCAAUCAACAUCUACAGCACAAGCUUCUUCACCUAGGAAGCCUCAAACUGUUAUCUGCUAUAUCUGUGGAAGAGAAUUUGGAAGCAAAUCUAUCUCUAUCCAUGAACCGCAAUGCAUGCAAAAGUGGAAACUGCAGAACAGUCAACUCCCAAAACACUUGCGCAGACCUCCUCCCAAAAAACCCCAAGGCCUUGGUCAAGGACAAGCCAUGGGUGCUGAUGCAGAAGCUUAUAAUGCAAUAGCUUCCCAAAGUGCAAGUUCACAGCUUGCUCCUUGCUCAAAUUGUGGGAGAACCUUUUCUCUAAACAGGAUAGAAAAGCAUGAAUCCAUAUGCAGUGUGAAGUCUGGGGCUGCACCGUCACGUGGCAAGACACCAUCUGGAGGGAACCACCAAAUCAGCACUUCCAAAUCUGGGAGUGGAACUCAGAACUUUCAACCAUCUCCUCCUUCAAAGCCAAGAACACUUGUCUGUUAUAUAUGUGGCAGAGAAUUUGGCUCCAAGUCCUUGCCAAUUCAUGAACCUCAGUGCUUAGAGAAGUGGAAGGUACAGAAUGGCAAGCUUCCCAGGGAACUCCGUAAGCCAUUGCCUAGAAAACCAGUUGCUUCUGGAGGAUCAUCAGGAAAUGAUGCUGCCUGGGAUGCUGCUAAAGCAAACCUUGUGGCCUGCAGGAAUUGUGGCCGAACCUUCAAUCCUGAUAGAAUAGAGAAACAUCGGUCAGUAUGCAGACCGAAAACAGGGACUGUGGUCAGACCAAAAACAGCCACAUUGAAUAUUGGGAAGGAGAACCAGAUGAAAAGCUCAAAGCCAAGGACUCCGAAGACUCCUAUCCCUCGUCGGCCACCUACUGUGGUCUGCUACCUCUGUGGGCGAGAGUUUGGUAGCAAGUCAAUAUCCAUUCAUGAACCACAGUGCAUCAAGAAGUGGCACAUUGAGAAUGAUAAGCUACCCAAGAAGCUACGCAGGCCUGAACCAGUUAAGCCUGUUGUAACAGUCAUCCCUACUACAGGGAACAAGAGCGGCGACUAUAAUCUUGAUGCCUUGAAUGAUGCAGCAUGGAAAGCCUCACAAGCAAACCUUGCGCCUUGUGGCAACUGUGGCCGCACCUUCCUACCAGAUAGAUUAUUAGUCCACCAGAGAUCCUGCAAGCCUAAGAAACAAAGUCUUGAAGCACCUUGAAGGAAUCACGUUGACAAUGUAAGUUAGUCACCUUGCCUCUGAGCCACUGAUGAUGGUAAAAUAAUAUUAAAAUAGGACUGUCAAGAAUGUUAGUCCUAUCAAGUAUUUAUAUAAUAUUGACUGGUCUUGAGGGGAACAUCAAAUAUAUUGCCAGCAAAAGAAUCAUAUUGGCCCGAGUCUUUAGACGAGGGCAAUAUGGGUCUUUUAAGGGCAAUAUAUUUUAUGUUCCCCGAAAGAAGGGCAGUCAAUAUUUUUAUUAUCAUCCAAAUCAGAUAUCUAGAGCAAAAAUCAUGAUAACAGUGAUUCUUUUAAGAAUAGAGUUCUGUUGUGUCAUGAUAAUAUCAGUGUCUAGGCUCUGCACUUUACCAUUAUGACGUACUUGCAAGCGCCCAGAUCCAGCGUUGUCUUUAUUAUGACGUAGAUCGUUGGUGCGCGGAACAUUAUGAAGCGUAUCACUUCAUUCGCAUCCUCAAAGGCCCGGAUGUGAGACCAGGGAAAAUACAAAGGUAUAUUUUGCGUCGUCUCUGCAUGCAAAGUCAAUACGCGCAUUGAGACCGAGGAAAAUACAAACAAUAUACCUAUCCCUUCCUGAUGAUAAUAAAAUACAGGGAAAUACGGUUUUGUAAAUGACCAGCUCAGAUGUCUGAUACGGGUGAUAAUGGUAGAUAUUUCAAACUAUUUGAGAGAGAUAUUCUCCCUUUAGAGCCUACAAAAUGGUGUUAAACUGACCUAUUUCUUGUUCUUGAGAGUUGAGACCCCAUUAGUCUGAUUACAUGGAAGUUUGAAAGCUUUUUUUUCUUCAAAAUUCAAAAAAUCGUCGGCACUGGGCAAGUACAUUUAUUCUACAAGGGAGGUGUCAUCUGCAAGAUGAGCUUAUUUGACACUCCAUCUAUUGGAACAGGCUGGGAAUAACCACAAUAAUUUUUUUUUACUUUACAGAAGUAUAAGACAAACUUUAAUAGACCUUGGCUUUGUUAUAUAACCAGAUUUGAAAAUAUUUGCCUGCGUGAUUAUGCUUUAUUUGCAUUCAGAUUCCUGACAGUUUUGUGUCCAAUGUGUCCAUGUCUCCAUGCAUAGGUGUCCAUAUUUCAAGGGGAGGGGUUGAAUCUCGAUAUAGAGGCUACUUUGCACGUUUUUAUUCAUUCCAAAUUACUGUGUGUAUUUGAACCUAUUUCUAAUUCAUGGGUCAUUUUUCUGAAAUUACUGGGAGUAUUUUGGACAUUUCAGAGGCUAAAAUGCCCUUGCUGGGAUAUCUCAUUGUUUUGAAGAAUACAUUUGAUUCAAUGUUGCCUGCUUUGAUAUACAAGUAUAGAAUAAAUACCUCUUUCCCCAUACUUUUGGAGUUAUGCAAAUUUUAUCUAAUACCACUAAGUUGUAAAUUUUUGGUGUGAGUGAUAUUGAUUUGAUAUUGUUACUUUGUCAAACUACAAUAUCUUUCUUUAAACAACUUUCAAUCUUCGUUUAACUCAAUAUGAUAUGACAGCUCUUACGUUUAAGAAUGUAUUCAAAAGAAGUAGAACCGUUCAUUCAAAAUGUUUUGCCUUUGAAUGGAAUGACACAAAAUUAAAACUUAAUUGAGGAAUGUUUCUUUUCUCCAAAUUUUUGUUAUGUUUCUGUGAAAAAUCAAAAUGUAAAUAUAUGUGAAUACAGAUAGAUUUAUAUUGUAAUUAAGGUUUGUGUUUGUGUGAUAGUAUAGUGUGUUGUAUUUUGUCUGCAGAACUAUUUUUUCUACAUCUCAGGUUUGGAACUUGUGAAACCAAUUAAGAGAGUAAUAAUGUAUAGCAUACCUCAUAUAUUGGAACAUAGAAGAGUAUUGGACAAUAUUAUGAGAUUUAGGUUUUAACUGAGAAAUCAAAGCUUGUCAUGAUCCCAUGCUUGGGGCAUAUUCUAUGUAUUAAAAAAUGAAUCAGUAGAUGUAUUUUCCUUGCAUUUUUUUUAAUCAAUCUUUAUUUUUAUCCUACCUAUUCAGCAACAUUGACAGGAGUGAUAUAUAUCUUAUUUAAAGAUAUUUAAAAUUAAUAAGCAUACUACAUGUAGUACUACUUCAACAAGUACUAGAAAAAAAAUUAUUUAUGGAAGAUGCAUCAACUUUAUCCACAUAAAUUUUGGGAUCAAGCAAUACCUGUUUCAAAACUUAUUUGAAGCUUUGGUAACUCUGAAGAUCAUUCAUUUUCAAACUUUGAAAACAUUUUCAGAUGAAAUUUAAAAGUAUGUUAUAAAACACAUGUUGUUUGAAAAACAUGUUCAAACAUUCAAUAUCAUUUGUUUGUAAAUUUAACAAUUAAAAUAUCUUGUCUCUUGUAUUUAUAAAAGUGUGGACAAUGAAAGGAAUUUCAUGUUUUCUCUUUAGUAUUAAAAUACAAAAAAAAAAAAAAACGUCAGGAUGCAAUAGCUAUUUACAAUCACUAAAUUUGUGAGAAUACUCAAAAAGCCUUUAUUUAGCAAAAAUAGGAACUUUGCAGAGAAAAUAAUCUAAAUCUGAUCAACAGUCAAUACACUUUUAUGAGAUAGGAAUGCUAGAAUUAUAGUCUUGUGUAAUUCACAUUAUUAUCAUUACCAAAGCUUUAAACAUACUUAAAGAUAUUUAUGAAAUGUGUCCAGUUAAUAAGAUCGCAUGUUCGAACUGAAAAAAAUAAUUCUGAAAAAAAUCUUGGAAUCAGCGGAAUCUGAAACUUUCAUUUACUACUUGCUGGACAGCAAACGGGGUAAAAUCCAGCUAGUUCCAAGAGUUUUUUCUGAUUCAUUUUUCAUUUCAAAUCUGCGAUAGCAGGAAGCCUGGGUGGAAGUCUGUCUUUUCCUUAUUCAAACUUCCCUAGCACACAUUAAUGAAGUCAUAUUUUUGUGAAGAAUAACUAGAAUGAGCCCCAAAAUAUAUUUAACAAUUAGAGUGAUUGUAAAAUUAGCAUAAUUCUUGUGUGUGAAAUUUAUAGAUUACUUUGGUGGACAGUAUAGUCUGCAUAAGUUGACUUAAAGUCAAAUAAUCGCCUUAGUCAAACAUUUUUUUUCAGGCUGGGGGCCCCGUUACAUAGAGCUUAGCAAUUGAUUAUGGAGCAGAUUUCUAUGAUUAUUGUUUAUUAUCAAUCAUUAAAAUCAGUCCCAGAAUCAGUCGAAUAGCUUUUUGAUACGGGGCCCAGAUUAUUUGAAACAUUUAUUGACAUCUUCAAAGUCAAAUUUCGCCUAAUUCAAUCAGAUUGUUUCAGUCCCAAGGUAUUUGAAUUAUGCAGAUUCUACUAGAAACGAUUCUGAAAUUAUAAGAUUUUCUUCCAUAUUUGUGAAUCACUUUCUAUUCACCUUGAUAAACACUAUGCCAUAGAUGAAAAAGCUGAAUUAUAUGUAUGUGUGCAAUUUGAUAAGAAAUUGAAAUUGAUAAUUAUUUUUCUUAAUUCAUUUACAUAUGUAUUUUAGAGAAAAUAAUUAUUUACAUACUGAUUUUAGUGUUUACAAGAUCAACUGAUAUGUUUUAGAGAUACAUUCCAAUGAGCAUUGGUUUUUAUUUGUAGCAUACUAUUGUGGAUGUGUGAAAGGGUUGAUGCUAUUCCUGUGUAACCUUUAUGAGGUUGAAGUGGUUGACAUAGUCAGAUCUUAUUUUGUAUUUGUAAUGAUAAAGUUGAUAUAUUUUAAAAUCGAAAAUAAUUUAUUUUGAUAGAUAUCCAAAAAAUGCAUGUUUAUGAAAAAUUCCAAAUUAUAGGCCUUAUAGGACUCUAUAAAUGUCACCAGCUCACACACGAUUGUAUAAAUUUACCUGAUUUUGAUGAAAUAAUCUGUCGACUUGAUACAAGGAGAGAUGAUUUCAAGGCCAAUACUCCACACUAGAAUAUGCAUUUGAAUUUGCUUAUUUGGAUUUAUAGAGAAGGUAUUAUUUUGCAGUUGAAGAAAAUUCACAAUAAUGUUUUUCUUGAAUAAAUUAUUGAUUAAUUUUA